AUGUCGAGGCGCACAAUCGGCGGCGGGAGAGUCCUCGGUAGCGGAGCUGGCCUCACACCCGCAGCAGCCGCCGCGCCCGCGACCUCAUUAAGCACCAGACCACCCAUAUCCUCGCCCUUACCUCAUAAUAAUCUCGCCUCGCCCUCCGGCUCCUCCCUCUCCCUCUCUUCCACUCCGACCCCGACCGGCGGCUCCUCUACGCCGCCAUCACUCUCCACGCCCACCGACCCUCAGGACAUCGCCUCACGCAUUUCCACCGACUAUGGCGCCGUACCGGGCCAACACAUGCGCAGCUUCUCUAACGCCACUGAUCGCCUCGUGUGUCCGAUCUGCAACGAGGAGAUGGUCACGCUCCUGCAGUUGAACCGCCACCUCGACGAUGUACACAAGGAGAUUGAGCCGCAGGAGCAGGAUGAGGUCACAGACUGGUUCAAGCAGCAGAUGAGCAAGGCCAAAAAGUUCCAGCCGCUGGCGGUCCUGAACCAGAAGCUGAAAGGUCUCGAUGUGUUUGAGAGCAACUACGAUGUGGGGAGGGGCAGCACACCGGUGCCAGGCGCGGGGAUGGGCGCCGCGAUGACAUCUGCGACAGGUGGCGGAAGUGGAGGCACUGCCGUGUUGAGAGAUGGUACGAAGAGCCCGGCGCCGGGCAUCGCGGCUCAGCAGCAAGUGAAAAAAGAGGUCGUGGAUCCGGAUGAUGUGGUCAGGAAGGAUCACUGGCAAAGGAGGUCUGGCUAUGACAACUGCUCGGACCCGACAUGCGGGAAGAGGCUGGGAUCAACGACAACGGGAAUUGUGAAUUGCAGAUGUUGCGGCAAGCUGUUCUGCGACGAACACACGAUGUAUCAGAUGAAGCUGUCACGAUCGGCACAGCAUGAGCCUGUACGGGGAUUCUGGCUGAGGGUGUGCGAGACGUGCUACAAGAGCCGGGAGGGAUACAACGAUCGCCACGGCUUGGAAAGGGACCACAUGGCGGCUUUCAAGCGGAAGCGGCAGGAGAAAGUAGAUAAAGAGACGAUGGAGGUCUCGCGGCUCGAGAAGCGUCUUACUCGUUUGACGCAGCUGUUCGCCAACCCGCCUGAAGAGGUGGCACAGGCGUCUAACAAGCGCUGGUCAUUAUCAUGGGGUCAGAACGACCCACGGAAAGCACUAGAGCAGAGUGUCGUGUCGUGGCAAGACGAUGCCGACGUUGCGCGUUGUCCAUACUGCCAACAGGACUUCUCUCAAUACACAUUCCGGCGGCACCACUGCCGGACAUGCGGCAAGGUGGUGUGUGGCGAUCCUGCGACAGGAUGUUCGACUAUCUUGCCGCUCAACGUUGCAUCGCCUGACCACCGUCCUCCAUCCACAGAGAAACCCAACGCACCGAGCACUAUCCCCCUUGACAUUCGCCUCUGCAAGGAAUGCAACCACACACUCUUUGCCCACCGUGAUUUCGCAGAAAGCCUGGCCACGCCAGCCAUCACAACAUUCACACGCGCCUACAGCAACCUGCUGCAAUUCGAGCGGGGGAUCCGACUUCUCCUUCCGAAAUUCCAGAAACUGCUGCAAGCUCUCCAAGACCCGGAUUCGCCACCUACAAGCACACAGAUCGCGGACGCAUCUCGCACCCGCAAACGUCUGAUGGACAGCUUCACGCAGUACGACACUGCCGCACGUCGGAUCCGCGACAUGCCGAGCCAGUCUCCCACGCAGCUGAAACUGCAAAAAGCCAUUUAUCAGAACGCCAGCCAGUUCCUGCAUCUGCACAUGCUGCCGCUCAAGACUCUGCCCAAGGUGCUAAAGCAUGCAACGCCGCACGGCACUUCCAAGCAGCCUUCCAACGGCGGACCUUCGCCGCUUGCAAAUGGGCAAAAGCCACCAGGUGCUCUUGCAAGCAUUCAUUUCAAUCAUAUGCGCCACGAUUCGUCCUCAGCCUUGUCCAUCAGCUCCGUGACAAGCUCACGAAUAUCGGAAUUGGAAGCGGAGGAGAAACAACUGCGGGAGCGCCUGAUCAUCUUGGAAGAGCAGAAGUUCAUGGUGCAGGAGAUGAUCGCUGAUGCCAACAAGAGGCGCAAAUUCGAUGAAGUUGCAGCGUUGGCGGGCAACGUCGAAGAUUUGAGCAGGGAAAUCGACGAGGUGUCGAAAAUGGUGGAAGGCGUCUCGAAGAACUUCGACAAUGUUUACAAUGGUGAUGGAUGA